GAACCGGAAACCGGAAACCAGGAGAUAAAGAAGAAGAAGAGGCGUACUACAGUUUGCUAGCUUGUGGCUAGAUUGUGCUUUCUGUUUUAUAUGCGCUUCUUUCGUCUCGAUUUCCUUUUGUAUUCGCGACAUUUAAUCAGCCAGGAUGUUUAACAGAAUGACAAGUUUAUGGAUGGGGGAUUUAGACCCAUACAUGGAUGAAAGUUUCAUCAAGCAAGCAUUCAGCACUAUGGGUGAGACAGCCUACGGAGUUAAAAUUAUAACGCAUCGGGUAACAGGAGGCUCUGCGGGCUAUUGUUUUGUGGAACUGGCAGAUGAAGCCAGUGUUGACCGGUGUGUGCAGAGACUCAAUGGCAAACUUGUUCCAGGAUCAAAUCCGCCCAGAAAAUUUAAGCUGAACUAUGCAACAUAUGGGAAAAGGCCUGAACCUGGGCCUGAAUUUUCCGUUUUUGUUGGAGAUCUGACACCAGAAGUCGAUGAUUAUCAGCUACACCAGUUCUUUCUGAAAAAAUACCCUUCAUGCAAAGGAGCUAAAGUUGUCACUGAUCCCUAUGGAAAUUCCAAGGGCUACGGCUUUGUGAAAUUUGGUGAUGAAAGUGAGCAGAAGAAAGCCUUGGAGGAGUUUCAGAAUGCGACAGGUCUGGGGGGCAAAGCUAUCAGAAUCAGUAUUGCAGUCAACAAAAGCAACAAAUCAAACAACUACCACAACCAGAGUCACAACUAUAAUAGCAAUUACCAGCAGCAGUACUAUCAGCAGCCCUACAACAAUUACUACCAACAUUGGGGUUAUGAUCAGUACAACAGCUACAACUAUGGAUAUAAUCCUUAUGCAAUGCCCCCUCCUGUUCCUCAUGGAAUGAUGGGACCCCCUCCACCAAUGGGAAUGCCUCCCGUGCCCCCUGAUGUGCAGACAACCACAGAGCAAUCCCAAGAUGCCACAGAAGAGGUUGAGGAAGAAAAUGAAGAGCCAAACCCCCCAGUGAACGUGGAGUCACUGAACAAGCAGUACAUGGAGCGCAGUGAGGAGCUGUAUGAGUCACUGAUGGAUUGCUACUGGCAGCCUUUGGAUUGCAUCACAUCUGAAAUUUCUUAAUAGGACUUGUCCUGUGAUUAUUCACAUCUCUCUUCUGUAAAUGUCAAUGCCAUCUACCAAACUCUUCACCUUUCAAAAAACACACUUGGCCUAUUUCAUGUGGACACUGCUUUAUAUUUCUCUGUGGGUUCAGGCUAUUGUUUUCCUCAUCAUUUAAAUAAAGAUUGUUCUUUUUAGUA